AUGUUGGAAAAAAAUUCUUCGAUUUUGGAUAAAUCGAAACCGCCUACAAUUGGUCCGGAAAAUCUUAUAGUACCAGAAGAUAUCAUAGAACGUAAUAGUGUUGUAUUAAGAAAAUAUAGAAAUUUGGAUGUCGCUUGUAAGCCAACUAAAUAUUCAACUGACGAUAAUAAUCCAGAAUCAAAAAAAGCUGGUGCAACUUUAACGAUUUGGAAUGAAUUAAGUGAAUGUCCUUAUAUAAUUAAAUUUCUUGGAGUUUCAAAUUUGGAUAUUUAUAAUGAAAAUGUUACGGUUCUAGAAUGGGCUGAAUUUGGAGAUUUAAAAAGUCUUUAUGAGAGUAAGAAUCUUAAUUGGAAACUUAAAUUAAGUAUGGCGAGAGAUGUUUUUCGUGGUCUUUGUUUCUUGAAUCAUAUUCGUGUUUUACAUCAUGAUGUUAGAUGUGAAAAUAUUUUGGUGGUUGAAGGAUUUAAAUGUAAAAUAACAAAUUUUACUUUAAGUCGUAAAACACAAUAUGUAACUUCCAAAGUACAUGAUGGUGAGAGUGUGAAACAAAUGAUGCGUUGGAUGGCUCCUGAGAAACUUAAACCUUAUCAAAAAUCAAAUCAAAAUACGAAGAUAGAACCAUAUACUUAUGCAUGUGAAAUGUUUAGUUUUGGAAUGCUUCUUUGGGAACUUUCUUUUAAUAGAGUACCAUAUAAAGAUAUGGAAUAUGAAUAUGAUGAAAUAGUUGAACAUGUUAUGAGUGGAAAACGAGAAACGUUAAACUUUGUAAAUUGUCCACCUGAUAUAAUUGAUGGUUUCACCGAAAUUAUUACAUCGGCAUGGCAGCAUGAAAAUCGUAAACGUCCAUCAACCCAAAAGGUCUCAAAAAUUCUUGAAUCAUUAUAUAAAUCUCAUGAAAAUAAUUUGUUAAAUUUAAAUGAAGAAACAAAUUAUGAACCUCAAAAAUCUCAAGAAAGUUCUUUUACUACCUCUACCAUUUCUACCAAUAAUAACGCUAUUGAAGUUGUUAAUAAACAUGUCAUUGAUCUUUUACCAUUAUCAGAUGGUAUUGAACAUCAUAAUACAAAGGCUAAGAGAACAAAAUCAAAACAAGAUUAUAAAAUUUGUUGGGAAUGUUUCAAUGCACAUGCAAAUAUUGGUAAUAAAACGGCUAUGUAUUGGAAAGGUCUUUAUUUAUGGAAAGGUUUUGUUGAAAAGAAUCAAAUUGAAGCAAAAAAAUUAUUUAAAAUUGCAGCUGACGCUGGAAUGGCUGAUGCUCAAUUGGAAUAUGCUUUUGCUUAUGAUAGUAAGAAUCUUAAAAAUCCUGAUUUACCUUUUGAUAAAAAAGAAUGUUGGAAAUAUUUAAAUAUGGCCGCUGAAAAUAAUAAUUCUAUAGCAUUAUACCACGUAGGUAUUACUUAUUAUAACGGAAAAAUGGGAGUAAAACAAGAUAAAGAAAAAGGUAUUGGAUAUCUUAAACUUUCCGCUUUACAAGAUAAUCCUAAAGCAAUUGAAACAUUAGAUAAACACGGAAUUAAUCUUUAAUAGUUAGUUAUCUGUUAUCUAAAUUUCUUUAUUUUAUUUUGUUUAUAUUUAUUAAAUUAUAAAUUAUAAUAGUCUUUAUAUGUUAACAUUAAAUAAAACAAAUCAUAU